AUGUCGGCCAACGCCGAAGCAGUGACGCGCAAUCUCCUCUCCCGCGGCCACUCCCCGCCCUCGGUCGACCGCAUCUACGCCGAAAAGAUCCAGCACCGCCCGCUCCGCCUGCGCGCAAACUCUCCACCUCCCGCCACCACCGCCCGCGAGGCCCGCCGCGCCGCCCGCCAGCAAAAGACCAAGGACCGCGCCAAGCAGCUCAGGCCGAAGCCGCUGUCGGCCAGGGAGAGGCGGCGGCUGGGGUUGUAUCGGCUGCCGGCCAAGGGUGAGGCGCGCAGGUACGAGACGUUUGCGCCGCUGCACGCGCUGUGGCUCGACUACAUCAGGGAGGUUCUGGGUGUUGGGGAUCUGUGCAGCGGGGGCGUCAACGCCGCGGCCAAGUUGACCAGUGCGGAUUUUCACGGCGCCGAGGUUGAGGUCGUGCGCAGCUCGUGUCCCGGAAGGGUGGGCAUCAAGGGUAUCGUCGUCAAGGAUUCCAGGUUCGUGUUUGAGAUUAUCACGCGCAAGAAUGUGCUCAAAAUGGUGCCCAAGGAGGGUACGAUAUUCCGGGUCGAGGUGCCUCUCGCGGAUACGGAUGGUGUGAGUGGCAAGGACGAGGACGGCUCGAAAAAGCCAGAUCAGGAGGUUGAGAAUCUGCCAUCGGACAAGGAUGAUCGCAAAUUCGUCUUUGAUAUCCAUGGCGAGCAGUUUCAGCUUCGCUCCAUUGACAGGGCGAACAAGAAGUUCAAGGCACAUUUCUUGCCGAAUCUCUGA